ACAUGGAAAGACUUGGGUUCCCUUAUAGGCUCGAGUUGGCUACUGACAUCAUUCUCCACUCACUACCUGAAAGUUUUAAUCAGUUCAGAAUGACCUACAAUAUGAAUGAGUCUGAAAAGACUUUGCAAGAGCUGCAUGGAUUGUUGGUCAAUGCUGAAAGGAACAUCCCUAAGGUUGAACCAAAGAAAGAGGUUCUGUUGGUUCAAAAGGGAAAGGGUUUCAAAAAGAAAUGGGCAGGAAAGAAGGACAAAGGCAAGCAAGUUGCCACUGUCGCUGAAAAACCUAAGCCAACCGCCAAGCCCAAGGUUGCUGCGGAAAGCAAGUGCUUCCACUGUCACAAGAUUGGACACUGGAAGAGGAACUGCCCGAUAUACUUGGAGGAAAUAAAGAAGUCUGGGGCUUCUACUUCAGGGACUAAAAAGAAGUAGGAAGUUGGCAAAAGGCGAGGUAGAGCUACGCGUUGGAAAUGGAGCACGAGUUGCUGCACUUGCCGUCGGGAGCUAUAGUCUACACUUGCCAUCUGGGCUUAUUUUAGAAUUAAAUAAUUGUUAUUUCGUUCCUACAAUAACUAAGAACAUAAUUUCGGUUUCAGUUUUGGAUUCUGAAGGUUUUUGCUUUGAAAUAAAGAACAAAUGUUGUUCCAUUUCUUACAAUAA